CUACAACGGCACCUUCACCAUCAGAAAUCUUGGUUGCGGUUUACUCACAGAACUGAGCUUUGGAACGUUUCAGGCCUGGCAUGGAAUGAAGUUUUUACACAAGUAGUAAGUGAAAUAGAAGAUGAAUACAUAAUUCUCAAUCGUAAUCCUUUGACAGCAGUUGAAGAUUCUUAUCUUUUUACAUUGCCAGCAUUAAAAUAUUUAGACAUGGGAACAACACAAGUGUCACUUACAACAAUUGAAAGCAUCCUCAUGAUGACCCUUGAAUUGGAAAAACGGAUCUUACCUAGCCGUAUGGCCUGCUGCCUCUGCCAAUUUAAAAAUACCAUUGAGGUUGUCUGUAAGACAUUCAAGCUACGUUGUGACAGUGAAUGCCUGACAGACUUUUAUAAAGAGUACAAGUGA